CAGUUAUAUAUACACAAACAAAUAAUACAGAAGAUAGAAGGAGGCCAUUGCCAAAUUAAGAACCAUAAGUUUCCUCUCUUUUUUAUUUUCCAAUUGAUCAAUCAAUCACAAAAGUUGUGAAAAAAAGUGUCACAUAAUUACUCCUCUGUUAUCAGUAGUGACAGGACAUGGCUUCAAUGCUGAUGAAGAAUCCAGUGACAUCCUCUGACAGAUCAAUUAUAGCAAGGAGGAAAAAGAAGAAAACAAAUUUAAGCUCAAAAGAUCAAAAUGAAAACACUAUUAUCAACCACAACAACAAUAAUAAUAAUAACAGUCGCGAUUCUACCAAUGAGUGGAAAUCCCAAGCUCAACAACAAGUUUAUUCAUCAAAGCUACUCAAAGCGCUACACCACGCGCAAACUAGCGCACCAGCUCCCAAAGGGGGCCAAGCUGUCCGCGAAGUCGCGGACAGAGUCCUAGCAGCAACGGCUAAAGGACGGUCCAAGUGGAGCCGCGCUAUACUGACUAACCGGCUCAAGCUCAAGUUCAUGAAAAAGCAAUCCAAGAGGCAAAGUGUGGCUCGGUCCAAACCUAGCCGGCUUACUAAGAAGCCGAGAGCUGGUAUAAUGUUGAAGCUGAGGACGAAGAGUUUACCGGCUUUUCAGAAAAAGGCUCGGGUUUUAAGCCGAAUUGUUCCCGGUUGCCAAAAACAGCCGUUGCCUGUAGUUCUUGAAGAAGCCACUGAUUAUAUAGCGGCUUUGGAGAUGCAAGUUAGAGCCAUGAGUGCUUUAGCUGACUUGCUUUCUGGCGCUUCAUCUACUAGUUAAUUUCAAAUUAUUGUACUAUCAAAUUAUUUGUUAUGAAUAAUUAAUUUAAUUACUUGUUCA